CUCUCCUCUGCAACUCAAAAAACUCUGAAAACAACUUCUCUCUCUCUCUCUCUCUCCAAAGAUGAUGAAUUGACGGAACCCUAACAAUCAACGGAACGAAUCAAGAUCGAAGAGAUGGAAAGGAGGAAGCUUGCGGUGAAAUGCCGCGAGAACGAAGAGCUCGCGGAGUACAUGCUCACGAAAUGGCAGGAGAUGGCCGAUCAACGCCCCAAAGGGAUCUCCGAAAACAUCGAAAAGACUCUCUCCAAGGCUUAUUCCAAUCUCUGUAGCUCCAAAAACCCUGUUCAAACCCUCAAAGAUUUCUCCCAAAUCAAAGGCGUGGGAAAAUGGAUUCUGAAGCAUAUGCAAGGGUUUUUCAAGACUGAUUUGAGCAUUGCUGAGCCAGAGAACUUGACCAAAAACGGCAAGAAAACAAAAAGAGCUACGCGAUAUUUGCCUCAAAAGUACUCUGUUGCAUAUGCAUUACUGAUCACCCUCUAUAGGGGAAUUGAAAAUGGGAACGAGUUUAUGCGUAAACAGGAGCUUAUUGAUGCAGCUGAAGCAAGUGGGCUCUCUCGCGUGCCGAUUGCGCCAGAAAUGGGAAAAGGAAAGCCGGGGUCCUUUGGAAGCUCACCUAGGGAGUGGUAUAGUGGAUGGACCUCAAUGAAGACACUAGUAACCAAGGGGCUUGUUGUUAAAUCAAGCUGCCCAGCAAAGUAUAUGCUCACCCAAGAAGGUAAAGAGGCAGCACGUGAGUGUAUCUCUAGAUCUGGUUUGCCUGAUCCCUCAAAGGAUACUUCCACUUCUGAAGGGCUGUGUGAUCCGGGAACACACAACAUGCAAGAUAUUGAGCUUGUGCAGUCAGAUUCAGAGUCAGACGUAGAAGUGAUGGCAUCUCCUGUCAAUUUAAGAAGGCAGAAACCAAUGGAUAUAUCUCCUGAUUAUCUUGAGCGACUUGUGAAAAUGGGUUAUUCAAAGGAUCGAAUUCUCCAAGCUUGUUGUGAAGUUUCAAAAACUUCCGGUACCAAGGAUACAGGUUCAUCCUGGCUAUCUAUCUUAUGUCAUCUUCGAGAAGAUGAAGUUUAUGGUUCAGGGUCUCAGACUGCAAGAAAGGAAUGUCCUACAAUAUCAACCCCUAUUGAUGCAAAUGGUCAAGUAAGGGGCUUAUCUCAUCAUACUGGACAUAUGGCGAAGAAGUUUAGUUCUGUUGAUUGCAAACCAAACUCUAAUGUCUGUAGAGCUUGCUCAUCGCCUGGACAAAGAUCAAGAUUAGAUGGCCAGGGUUUUAAUAUCUUAUCUAUGCCACCUCUGAGCUUCGGUGAGAUAUUUGAAGAUGCAUAUGAAGUAGUCUUGGUACUUGAUGAUCGAGAGCAAUUUGCCAAUAAGGGCUCACGCUCUAGCAAAAUCAUCGAGAGCGUCUCUAGUCAAUUUAAAAUCAAAAUAGAGGUUAGGCGUUUACCAGUUGGAGACGGAAUUUGGAUAGCUCGCCAUAAAUAUCUUGGUAGGGAAUAUGUACUUGAUUUCAUUGUUGAGAGGAAGAAAAUUGGUGACUUGCGCUCUUCAAUAAGAGAUAACCGCUACAGGGAUCAGAAACUGAGGCUUCUGAGAUGCGGACUCAAGAAACUGAUAUAUCUCGUGGAAGGGGACCCAAAUUAUUCUGAAGCAGCUGAAAGCAUUAAAACAGCCUGUUUUACAACGGAGAUUUUGGAGGGAUUUGAUGUGCAGAGAACCUCGGGCUUAAGUGACACAUUGAAGAAGUACGGCCAUCUUACACAAGCAAUAACUGAAUACUACAAAACACAGAUUCCUGAGGAAGUGCAUGAACAGACGAGGGUCUGCCCACCAUUUAAAGAAUUCAUCAAAAAGUGCGAAGAAUUGGACAAAAUGACAGUCAAUGAUUUAUUUGCCAUUCAGCUAAUGCAGGUCCAGCAGGUUACAGAGGAGGUUGCCAUGGCUGUUGUGGAUCUGUAUCCAACGAUUCUCUCUCUUGCGAGUGCUUACUCUCUACUCGAGGGUGAUAUUGCUGCACAACAGGAUAUGCUUAGAAAGCAAAGCAACAACGUUGUUAGUGCAGCCGCUAGUAGAAAUAUCUUCCAGUUAAUUUGGGGCAAUUGACAAUUGGAUUCCUCAUCCAAGUAAGAAAUUGCACAUUAUAUAUAGGUUCAUAUCUUUGUGGAGGUUAAAAUAGAUAUACAUGAUUCCAUUUUGACCCUGUAAUCUUUUUUUGGUGUCUAAAUGUAAAUAUGUAAAGUCUAUUUAUUUUAUUGUGAA